AUGCCCCGCCGAAAGCCAUUCUCUGCCAAACAACGAAAAGCUCAACUUCAGGAGAAGCGUGCCAUUAAAAGAGGAGAUUUACCAGGACCUAUUGUGGAUACGAACAUCAAAAGGACAAAAAAGAAGGCAGGUGGACGACGUCCAGCUACUGACAGUGAUGCUGCUGUGGCCACAGCUAACCGAGCUCGGAUGCUCAUUUCUUCGUUUCUGAAACCGUCACCGCAAUUUUUAGAGGCGUCUAAAAAAGCCGCAUCCACCGAGAUACUGGUGCGGCCUAUUCCUGAGAGCUCUGCGAUUCUCAGCCCCGGUAUCUGCGAAGUAUCAGACCAAGGCUUAACUUUCGAAAAGAACGAAGAAGGAUUGUUUGCCAAGUGGAUUGCACAAACUGACGAAGCUAUCAAUACUUGGCGGCAAGCUAACCUUGUGCCAGUACAAGGAACGACUGAAAGUAUUCUUCCCGCACCAACGUAUUACGAACGCAAUAUUGAAGUGUGGAGACAGCUCUGGCGAGUAUGCGAAUUAUCCUCCAUUCUAAUGAUUCUGCUAGAUGCACGCUGUCCUCCACUCCACUACCCCCCUUCAUUAGACGCAUACAUAAAAGCAUUGCGCCCCGCUCGCCAAGUGAUACUGGUCUUGACCAAGAUUGAUAUUUGGGAGUUCAAAGCUACGAACAAGUUAGUUGGGGAAGGACAAGGCACCCGGAUAAAAUAUCAGCCACAUAUGCCUACUCCACUUCGCGACAGUCUACGAGAGGCACUCAAAGCAGCACACGCAGCCUUGUUAGAUCCUCCCUCAAAGGUCAAGGAAGAUCCUGGGAGGCUGGCUAAGUGGCGACCGGCAGUACUGCCCGAUGAAGAGAAACUCGAAGCACUUGAUGAAGUAGACGCUGUGCCGUCCAAUGAUGAAGAUGACGAUAGGUUCUCGAAGGAAUACUCGGAAGACUUCCUGACCGUUGGCCUGAUAGGCCAACCGAAUGUCGGAAAGUCUUCAUUAUUGAAUGCACUGUUUGGCGAACACAAGGUCAAGGCGUCAAGGACACCUGGGAAGACCAAACAUUUCCAGACACUCUUUUUGACACCGGAAAUCCGUCUGGUUGAUUGUCCUGGGCUCGUAUUACCAGCGCUUGUACCGAUGGAACUACAGGUGCUAUCCAACGUUCUUCCUAUUGCGCAGAUUCCAGCCCUUCCUGCAUGUAUUCGAUAUGUAGGGGGUAUAAUGCCGAUCGAGGAUAUAUUUGGUGUCAAUAGAUCAAUGCUCGAAAUAGAAGAAGUGGUUGAAGACAAGCGAACUUGGAGGGAAGGGAUGAGACCCGCUGCUAAAGAAGAUCCUUCUCAAGAGGCACACAAGUGGACUGCACUCCAAGUUAUGAAUGCAUAUGCCACAAAGAGAGGGUGGAUGACAGCCAAGGCCGGUAGGCCCGACUCCAUGCGCGCUGGAAAUGCCAUGAUGCGAAGCAUCGUGGAAGGUCGGGUACCAUGGGCAUUCUGGCCACCAGGCUCCAAGCCACCAGAAAAUGGACAAGGAGUAUGGCUAAAAGGUGAACUCGCCCACCAGGACGAAGACGAUGUUGUAUCCAGCGAUGACGAAAAGGACGAUCGGGUUUCGGAACAAGAUCCACCAAGCUAUAGCGAUUCCCUGGUUGGAACGGACGAUGAAGAGGGAGAAGAUGAGUACGAAGAUGAAGAAGAAGUGGCGACCAAGACAACGAUAGGUCGCUUUGCAGCUUUAGGAGUCACUAGUGAAAAUGAGGAAGAUGAAGGCAAAGUGAAUAUAUUUAAUUGGGCAAUCGAAUCAUUUGCGGUUUGUGGGCAGAACGUAGCCAGAAGAGGGGCCGAGAAGCCAGAAAUUGACGAUGAUCAGGGUCGACGGCCCACAAAUAGCGAGGAGGCUACUCGAACUAACUAA